UUUUGUAUUUUUAUGUGUAAAGUAAAAUAAAUGUCCCCCUGUUGGCCAUCAAAGAGAAAGUGUUUUCAGGCAUGCGCAAACGGAAAUCUGGUUAGUUAUUGUGUGUACAGUUUGCUCCCUUGUAAAAAUAAUACGUUCUUCUAGUACCAAAAAACGGAGUGUUGUAAAAGUGCAUCCUGAACUGUUUAAUGCCAAUUUUAAGUGAAAUAUUAACAAACGAAAUCUAUAAAAUCAAUAUCGGAAACCAUAGCCGUUUCUCUGGCAAUCUGUAAUCUGUACCAAUAACCGCACACUGGAUUUAGAAACUACCAUUUUUCGCAUUGUUCUUUUCACUGGUUCAAUGGUGUUUAUACUCGAAGCGACACAAUUAAUAUUUGCGAAAACAUAUUGAUUACUGGCUGUUACAUUAAAUAAGCAGAAUACUCUAUGAACUCUGUUGGCCCGGCAAUGUCCUGUGUAUUGCAGAAAUUCUACCCAGCUUCGGUAUAAUGCCGCAAUGAAUGAACCCAAAAAAAAUGCAUUGAAAUAAUCGUCAACGUAUGCUGGUAAAAUCGAUUUUUCCGACUAUGGGUGUACUCGCAGUGUUUGCAGCGCACAAUGAUUGAGUGUAGUGUACCGUUUUAUUUUUGCGGGAAGUAGCGAUCUUUGUCUACCGUUUACAGUGCAAAUAUUUAUUGAAUUUGUGUUCCAUUAUUCAAUUAGAAAAUGUGUUCCGUCGGUUUGUCUUUCGUAUAAAUACAAAAAAGUUUAGACAAAAAAUACUAUCGCAAGCGAUGUUGACAAACCAACAACAACAAGAUCCUCAAAGUGAGGAAUUGAACUUUACAGCAUUCACAGACUUAUGUCGAUUUUGCUCGUUGAGACUAGGUGCAAAAAUAAAUUUAUUCGAUAAAGAAGCCGAACACAGACAGUUACUGUUUAAAGUCAGAACUUUCUUGCCAACAGCGAUAUCUAAAGACGACUUUCUUCCGAAAAAAAUCUGUGAACGUUGUGUUUCGAAGAUUGAUCAGAUAUUUGAAUGGAGAAACACCUGCAUUCAAACGGAUACUGUGCUACGGAAUUAUGCUGAAUCUAUGAGAGCAGUUACAGCCACCAUAAAUUUUCAGGACGGUACUGUUAACAUGGAUAAAAUGACUGCAGCUCAAAAGAAUGCAUAUCUAGAAGCACAUAUGGCUGUUCAGCAGCACAUGCAACAGGCAACUAUUCUUUAUACUAAACAACAUCAUCAACAACAACAACAACAAAACAUUCAACGAACAGAUGGCCAGGGCAAUUCAAAUCUGCCCAAUCAGCAAUCACACCAAUCGCCACCUACUCUUAGUUCUAAUCAGCAUUAUGCUAAUACAAUUAAGGUGCCUCAAAUUAGUUCAUCUAGCUCGGGUGGAGCAGAUAGUACAUUUACUGUACCCGACGAUGUCGGCAUGGGAUAUGAGGGUGGUGUACGCGUACUGCAAAGUUUAGGCAAUUGGACACCCGAUAUCCCGUCCAAUGUUCCACGGCCUAAUUUAAUUCCAUUCACAGAACCAUAUGUUGAGGGUGGUUCUAUGCAUCCGGCGAGUAGAUUAAAGGCACUUCAACAAGUGCAGCAAGCGUCACAAGGAAUAAGAAAGGUAUCACAGGCGAAAACGCACAAAGCUUUUGAGUGUACUGUUUGUGGGAAAGGCUUAGCUAGGAAGGACAAACUUACCAUUCACAUGCGAAUUCACACCGGAGAGAAACCGUAUAUCUGCGAGGUGUGCAAUAAGGCAUUCGCUCGUCGGGACAAACUUGUGAUACAUAUGAACAAAUUUAAGCAUGUCACUCCAACCAACAUAGCUCCGUUGGGCAAGCGAUUGAAUUAUUUGAAAAAGGAAGAAAACAAUGAAAAUACUAAGCAGCCUAUAGAUCAUCAGAUGAUCCAGCAAACGCCCAGCUCCAUAACACACAAUAUCGUUCACACCCAAACGCAUCAUCAAUCGUCUUCGUCGAUAGCACACCUAACCAUACCGCAAACACAUCAACAAUUAUCAUGGUCCUGUGAAUUAUGUGGACGAAUGUUUUCCACGCGCGAGGAGUGGUCGGUUCAUGCGAAAAGUCAUUUAGAGGAAAAGAUAAAUGGAUCCAUGACCAAUAAUCCAGGCAUUGGCACGAAAGCCGAAAUUAUUGAUAGCAAAGAUUCCAGUAGCUUGAUUAUGCAAAAUCAAAGCAUGUCCAAUCAACAACAACAACAGCAGCAGCAGCAGCAACAACACCAUCAACAACAACAACAACAAAAUGCUAUGCUCAGUACAACCGGUGUACCGCAACAGCAACAAUCGCAACAGUCACAGGUGCAGUCGACACCGACCAAUUACUUUCAAUCGCAAAACACUCAGCACAUUGUGCCGUACAAUACGUCAAAUUACUGCUUUAUGUGUCGCCAAGAUUUUGUGUCGCGAUCAGAAUUCAUGGUGCAUAUACGAAGUCAUUUCAUCGAUGGAAAAAUGGGCGUAGGAGACUUAUCGGCAGCGGAUAUGUUGGCUAGAACCUUGAUGGAUAACACACAAGGAUUGUGUACGUAAAUUAAUGUGGCAAUGAAUGGCCAACCGAAUGGGGAAAUAGUUUUUGUUGGAAAACUAUUUCGAUCAGAGGGAUGGGCGACAUAUGCAGUCAUUUUUGUUAGCAUAUUAUAUGGACGGAGAAAAUUAAUGCAAUGAAAAGACUCUCGAGCUUCCCUAGUUACGGUCAAUCUUGAUCUGUUAACCUCAACGUGAUGUUGUUACCUAUAUUCAAAUAAUUUAGUUGAUCCAAGUUUUCUAACAAGCUUCCAAGUUUCCACGGUGCGUCUACAUGAUAAAGUUGUUGUCAACAGUAACUGUGCAACUUAAAAGCGUUUACAACAUUCACAUAAUUUCACAAAGUGUCUAAGACUCUCAAUAUUAAACUCUUUCUCGAUGAAGAGCUUUUGCGUCUGCAUAAUACCGUACGAGUAACGUGAAUGUAUAUAUUGAGGCGCUUAACCACUUUGUUGUAAUUGUAAAAUCGUUGGCUGUUGAGUAAAUAUUGUGAAGCAUACAUUCAGGCAAUAUCGAACGCAAACAACAUUCGAAUAUGCGAUAGGGCAUUUUCGCUAUACACUCGACUGAAAAUUCACGCUGUAAUUCAGAUUUUAAAUUUUGGGUGAAUCAGUAUAUGAAGAAAUGAUUAAGUGUGAAUUCACAGUAAUUCCGUUUUGCCUCCGUGUAUAUGACAGUUGGCAUUUCAUACAAUAGGGCACAUUGAAAACGGACGACUCUGAGGCCACCUGAUAUACGACGCUGCGUUUAACACGUGAAAUUUUGAAUUUUCAACGGACUUACGAUGUGAAUUGUUAAAGACUCAUAAUGUUCCAUCUACUAAUGCGCCAGACGCUCCGACAUUAGUAAAAUUUCAUCGAACGUUCUCCAUCAGCUUCGAAUCAUUUUUCAAAACUAUGUUUAAUUGAUUGACCGAGAGCCUGCAUAGAGGUGCAUAUCCGUUCCUCGUACAGCUACAAUGUGAAACCCAUACGCUACACGAAAUGAAGACAUUGGUCCGGGUAUGUCGUGUGAGACAAUUUAAAAAAUUCAACAAAAAUGUCAACUUUCUACAAAAUGUGAUAUCUUGGGACAUAACUGCCGUAUAAUUUGAAUAAAAACGUUUAUCAAAAGAUAGACUAAAAGAGAACGGCAGAUAAGCUAGACGUAUCCUCGUACCUCUUUUCAUAGUUAGAUAAAUUUCAUAAUUUAUGGCACAUGUUUCGAAUCGUUGCACGAUUUUCACGUUCAACAGAUGACACCACUUUCUAUGUUGAAAGAAAUUAAAUAUCGGACAUAAGUAUGUUCGAUUUAUUUCCGCUAUGCGUCGCACCCUUUGUUUCAAUUCGCCAAUAAAAAAUGUGUUUAUGAGGAUCACACACAUUAAUGUCGUUUCACUGGGAAUCAACUUCUGUGUCUGUUUCCCAAAAAAGUCCCUAGGUAGUUAUGGAAACGCACUACUCCAUUCUACCGAUCCUUUGUGAAUUUCUAUUGGUUGAAGUGAUCGCGUGACAAACUUCAUACAAUCCGGAAUAGCGAAACGUAAAAAAUUUGAUAUUUUUUUUGCAAUAAUUUUUUUGACUUGGACCAUAUGAACACGAUCUGCUUCUCUAAAAUAUAACAUCUCUGAGCCUACAUAUCGAAACGAACGAAUGAAAAAA